AAUGUAAAAACAUUAAUGCUAUGUCCUCUCAUAAACCCAAUGUACCUUUAUUUAUUUAUUUAUUUAUUUAUACAAGAUGGUACAUUGGGCUUAUGAGAGUAUAGAGCAUAAAAGUUUUACAUUCUUGUAAGGCCACUAACACGCAUAGCGUCUCGGGCAGACCUUCUUGUAUAUAAAUAAAUAAAUGGUAAAAAAAAUAUAUAUGUGUGCGCGUGAUCCGUGUUCUGUACCAGCUGACUUGUAUCCGGACUGUGGUCAAGCAAGAGCAGUGUACUGUGAUCCACUUCCUUCAAAACCACUUCCUUCGCUUCUAAGAUGGCCAAUAAAGACCGAAUGCGAAGAGCUGAAUUGAUGAUUCUAAAGAAGGAAGAAGUAGCUGUAAGAGAAUUAAUUGAAAUGUAUAGAAAUAGCCUGAACAGACUCCAAGUAGAAGAGCUAACUAUAAGAAGCCAGUUGGGCCACAUACAAGAUGUUGAGUUAAAGUCAAGAAACAAUACUCCACUAGAAUCAGCAAUUGAGGCCCACUCAUAUUCCCUCAAUCAUUCGCUAAUAGAUGCUCCCCACAACUCUGAUGUGAAUCAGACGAUUCUCAAUAAUAUGUCUCGUGAAACGGGUGUACAAAAUAUAAUCAUGAAUGAACUUCAAAUUAACCAGAGUACUCUAAACUUGGAUGCUGCACCUCUUAUUCAAAGAAUGCUUAAUGAUUCCGAGGUAUACGAGGAGGACGACGACGACGAUGACAUGGAGACCAAAUUUGAGGAGUGAGGAGGAGUACUGUACUGUAAUAAUAAAGUUUAACUUUCCACAUUGUAAACAAUAUCUAUUGAUUCUACAUAGUGUUUUUAUAAUUUGAAUAAUACUGAAACUUGUAAUGCAAGUUAAGAAAUCUCCAUAUAAAAUAUUCUCUCAUAUAUAUAUAUAUAUAUAUACACUUUGAAUACUGACCUGGCUAAUAUCGACAUCCACAAUGAUAAUACUUUUCUGAAGUAUUCGCCUUCAUGGCUAUAUUUAUAAAUAGCCUCAAUUCUCUACUUCCUCCUAGGAGCUCCCCAUCAGGAGGAUGCCACAGCUUUUCCAGGAGGUUCUUGUUAUAAUAAUAAUAAUUGUUGUAAUUAAUAAUUAUUACUCUUCUUUCUGCUGGGUCAUGAAAAAAGGUGGCUUCGGGUGAAAGGAGGGCUGUGACGAUCUCUGUCUGGACCCCAUAGGUGCGGGGCUCGCACAUCCACCUCCUGGGGCUCAUGCGGCCCAAGCUCUGCUUUAGGAGGCUAGUCGUUCUUGCCCUUGCUGGGGUGGUUUUUCUCUGGCACCGACCACAGUGGUCUCUGGGUUGGAGUCCCUGUGUCUUUUUUUUUUUUUUUUUUUACCAACUUCAAGGUAAAACUCCCUUGUAUCAACCUACCCUGACUUUGCACUCUGGAGAGGCCACUCCAGACCGACAACCUGAGCACAACUCCAUAGUCUCCUGAGACUAUUAGUAGGCACCCAUCAAUCACACUCGCUCUCAUGCAUUGUUCCACUCCAAAUUACUGGUUAUCUGCUUCUACCAUCCACCCCCCCCCUUUUUUUUAAACAAUUUCCAGGGAUUCUACUAACAUGUACAUUUCAUCGUCUUGGCCCUGUCAUUCAUACCAUAUCUCUCAUAUCCAGUACUACAGUACUUUCACCAGCAGCUUUUCUUAAUCCUUUAAUAUUUUUGUAACACCUACAGUCGUCAUUUGCUCAAAACACCAGAACAUUCUAAUGACUGCAGUUGCUAUUUUCAACGUGAGAGACUAUAGAUUGCGAGUCUGAAUUUUACCCAGUACAGGUACUAGUACAGUACUCUUAUAAUGGCUGUCAUUAUUCAGUAUUAUAAAUCCAAUAAUCUUAUCACAUCCUUGAAACUUUUAUCCUUUGGAAUUCCUGUGAAUAAAAUAAGUACUAACAAUUUAUAUUCUUUGUAUCCAGUAGAAAUUGCCAGUAAGAAAUAAAUACAAUUUAACAUUGUUAAAAUGAAA